AUGAGAUCGACGAAGAAGUAUCUUCAUCGGAAAUGUCGGCAUCGCGAGUCACAGACGUCGAGUUCGUUCCCUGCGUCAUUGUCUGGUGAGGAAUCGGAGGCGAGGGUCCCGGAGACGGCGGCGGCAGAGACGGAGACGGCGAUACGAGUGGCGGUGGUGGAGCUGUCAGCGGAAGGCGAAUCGCCGGCGGAGAUGAGUUUGCCGGAGAUUCUUCUGUUGUUGGUGGAGAUUGAGUGA